AUGACGUCACACAUCCGGGCGACCGGUUACCAUCCGCCAUUUUGAUAGGAUAACAAAGCGGCUUUUCUGCCGAGUAAUCAGAGCGAGAAAUUCUAUUUUUAUCUUGACAAUGGUAGUUUCCUGUUGGGUUCAAGGUUGUUUUAAUACAGCCGGUGAUUCCGUUAAACGUAGCUUUCAUUAUAUUCCUAAAAUUAGAGAGCAUGAGGGGCUGCAAACAAAAGAAUUAAGUACAGAGCGACGGAGGGUUUGGCUAGCGAAUAUCAACAGGAAAGCUCAUCCCACUCCUUCGACAAGGAUAUGUUCAGCGCAUUUUAUAAGCGGAAAACCAGCUGAUCUAUAUGAUAAGUCAAAUCCAGACUGGGCUCCAACAUUACAACUGAGUGACCUUUUGACUCCCACUAAAUCCUGCAAGAAAGCUAAGCAAGCUUCAACUGGCAUGAAACGGUACAAAAGAGUCCAAGAAAGGGAAAAGAAUCGUAUAAAGCACCAAGUUGCCAGGACUCUGAUAGAGUUAUCAAGCACAAAUGAGCCAGAGUUUGUUGCCACACCAUUGACUGCAGAUGUUUUGGACCAAGACCCAGAGCCAAUAUGCCAACUAACAUUUGAUGAACUGAACAAUGAUGAUGACACUAGUGUUGAUGAACUGGGACAAGUGACUCAAAGUCAAGUUAACAGUGAACUUCAGCGACUGCUGAUAAAAACUAUGCUUUGAAACAAGAAUUACAGCAGGUCAAACUAAAUGAAUCGUCCUUUGAAAACAAUGAUGAGAAAGUUAAAUACUACACUGGGUUACCAAAUUUUAUCAUGCUGAUGACUGUUUUUGACUUUGUUAAAGACUACAUUCCAAAACAAAGAGUAAAUUCAGAACUAAGCCAAUUUGAAAGAUUGAUAAUGACAUUGAUGAGACUGAAAUUAAACUUUCCAGUGCAAUAUCUGGCCUAUCAAUUCAACACUUCCACAUCAACUGUUUCAAGGACCUUUACAACCAUGAUUCACAUUCUGUUUGUUAGGUUUAAACAUUUACUUUAUUGGCCUAAAAGGGAAGAACUUCGACAAACGAUGCCAUUAGAAUUUCGUAAAUCUUUCGGACAAAAAACAGCAGUUAUAAUCGACUGUUUUGAGGUAUUUAUUCAACGCCCAAAAAACCUUCUUGCCAGAGCUCAAACUUGGUCCUCAUAUAAACACACUAACACUGUAAAAUUUUUAAUUGGGAUUACACCCCAGGGUUCAAUAUCUUUCCUCUCAAAAGCGUGGGGUGGAAGAGCCAGUGACAAAUACAUAACUGAAAAUUGUGGCAUCUUGGGGAAACUUCUACCAGGAGAUCUUGUCUAAGCAGACCGAGGAUUUGACAUUGCUGAUAGUGUUGGCAUGUGUUGUGCUCAAGUUACCAUUCCAGCAUUUACCAAGGGAAAGGCACAACUUUCAGCAAUUGAUGUUGAAACAACUAGAAAGAUAGCACAUGUGCGAAUUCAUGUAGAAAGAGUUAUAGGACUUGUGAGAAACAAAUAUACUAUCUUGCAAGAUAGACUCCCUGUUGAUUUUUUAAUAUGCGAGGAAGGCCUUCCGGUUGUUGACAAAAUAGCCACAGUGGCUUGUGCACUUACUAACAUGAGUGACUCAGUGGUACCCCUUAAUUAACAGUGUCAGAUUAUGGGCAAUAAUAACUCUAUAUUGGUCCUGUUAUAUACUGUGUCAAUGAAUAUUUAUCCACUUUCUUUAAAUUUAUUGGCAUGAUCAAUAGAGAAAUGUUGUGAGUUUCAUAACAAAAUGUUGUAACUUUCAUAUCUAUUUUAUACAUAUACAUGAUAAAAGUUUAUUUCAUGUAAAUUUUUCAGAUACUGAAUGAAAGAUUCUUAAUAAAAAUAAAU